GCCGCGGGUCAGGCGGACGUCCGAGUGUCGCGUUCGAACGACGAUUCGGGGUCGGACGGUCGCGUUGCGAGUGCGCGCGUAUGCGCCGGUUCGCCACUGCAAUAUGGUUGAGAGACCGAAAACGAGGGCCUCCCUCGUAGUACGAAGCCGUUUCCUUCGCCCGCCUCGACGUGCUCCACUUUUUUUUUUCUCUAUACUUCUGUUUUUGUUGUUCAUACCUCGCGUUCGACCCGCCGUAGCGAGGGCCGCUUGUCGCCAAGGCGGGCACGGAGUCAAAACUGACCCCUUCCUCCCCUCCUUCCCCGGGUCCGCCUGCAGCUUCCGCUCUGCUCGUGGUCACAACCACGGAAAUCGAAAGGGUCCGCAAUUUUUAAGAGCGCGAUCGUGCGAGAGCCCUCGAGAUGCGAAUUGUUUGCCGAAGCGAAGACGGAACAACGUGCUCGCUAACGCAAGAAUCAAGAAAAUAAUGCAGAAAGAUGAAGAAGUCGGCAAAGUUGCUGCACCAGUACCUGUUAUCAUCUCACGAGCCCUUGAGCUUUUUGUAGAGUCCCUUGUAAAACGUGCCAGUGAAAUCACAAGGUCGAGAAGUGCCAAGACGCUCUCCACGUCUCAUUUGAAGGCGUGCAUCCUGGCGGACGAACGUCUGCUCUUCCUGAAGGAGUUGGUCUCCACAGUGCCCGACGUCCAAGGUGACGAGGAGCCCUACGAGGUACCUGUGCGGCCCAAACUUACCGGUGUCCGAAAGCUGCGUGCCAAGAAUGGAAGCAGCGACGUACCGGGACCCAGUCACUCCACCGCGGAGGAGACGGACAGUGCCGAAGACGAGGAGGACGACUACUUGGAAGAGGAGACGGACGACGGGAGCAGUGAAAACACAGCCGAGGCCCUGUGUCCGCCAGUCUAUCAGGGCAUUCGGAAUGCUGCCUACGGCCACCCCCCAACAUUUCCACCUGCCAUCCAACACCUACCCCAGUUCCCAGCAAACUUCAUGGCCAGCUCAGCAGCAAACAUCAUGGCAAGCUCAGCAGCAAACAUCAUGGCCAGUUCAGCAGCAGCGAAGCCAGAUGAUGACUAUGAUUCUUGAGGACUUGAUAGAACUUCAACAUACACACACA